CCACGCGUCCUCUCAACUUUCCGUUUUGCUUCUUAUCUCUCCCUGCCUUGCUCCAGCUCUUCCCCUCUCGUCCUAUUCUCCUUCUCCCCUGACACAACUCAGAGGGAGAGAGAGACAAGGCGAGGAGAAGCGGCGGCCAUGUCUGGACAGGUGAGCGAGACCGAUCUCGGAAUCGUCCUCUUGCAGGCCAUGCUCGCCGCCAAGAACAUCCGCCCCCAGCGCGACCGCCUCCUGCAGCUCCGCCGCCGGCUGGAGCAGCUCAGCCUCAGCCCCGGCGACGACCGCGCGGACAGGAUCAAGAAGCUCGCCCGCGACCUCUUCGACGUCUACUUCAUCGGCAUCGAGUACGGCGCGCGCGUCCUCGCCACCUGCCUCAAGCUGGCAGUCCAGCACGGCGCCCGCUUCGCCGUCAACCUCGCCUUCACCGCCAUGCCCGACGAGCAGCUCCACGACGCGCUUCUCGCCCAGCGUCUCCCCGCGCGCCCGACCACCCAGGCUGAGGCCUUCUCCCGCGUCGAGAUGACCUUGAACGCCGUCAAGGUUAUCCAGGACCACCACAUCCCGCGCUGCAUCGAGCACCUCGUCGGCGAACGCCCGCCCACCGUCUUCGCUAUCUACAGUGGCCAGGCCAAGACCGACUCCUCGGACAAGGCCCCGACUGCCGCCACUCCCGUGGACCUGUACAAGGCGCGCGACUACCUCGACCGGGCCAUCACCCUCGCGGACCUCGCCGUCAAGCACAUCGACCUCGCCGUCGUCGUCAUCUCCAGGUUCAUGGACCCCAAGAAGGUCGCCAGCCAUGCCGAGUACACCGACAAACGCGCAUACAUCUCUGAGAAGGGACCUUAUCCAUCAGACUGAGCCAUGAUUCAACGACGUGCUUCACCUGUUCGAGGAUGUCAAGCGAUGAAGGGGGUGGGAUCCCUUGCAUUGUUGAUGAAAGCUGUUUAAUUUAGCUAUGAUUUCUGUUUUCAAAGUUGCAACUCUAUAUUUCAGUUCUGUUCGGUUAGAUUAAGAUCUGCUACUAUCUAGGGCGUGUUCGGAAGCCU